AUGUUUCCUGUUUCGUUUGGUCGCAGCAGCCGAAUCGCCAACAUGGACGACACGAAAACAUGGCCAGAAGUGGAGAAAGCAGCAGCGGAGAAGAGACGUGAACUGGUUUUGCAAGGUCCUACAGCCAACACGAAAAUUUCCUCAUACGGGGGGCUUCCUCCUGCAAUUUAUUCCCUCACGCUGCUCAAUUAUCUCGAGGUGAGCCAGUGCCCGAGUUUGACGGAGCUCCACGAGGACAUCCAGUCCCUGACAAACCUUCAGAGUCUCAUCCUGUGCAGGAAUAAACUCUCAUGCAUCCCGGAUGUCAUCAGCAACCUCAAGUCCCUCAAAGUUUUGGACCUGUCCGCGAACAACCUCGUCCUUUUACCGGAUGGAAUCGCGCUGUUACGCGAGCUAACCACUUUGAACGUGAGCUGUAACCGUUUGGAAGCUCUCCCGGACGGACUGAGCCACUGUGUCAAGCUUUGCAGCAUCAACAUGUCUAAAAACUGCAUCACCGGCUUCCCGAGCGAUCUCUACUCGGAGCGCAUGGAUCUGCUCAGCACACUCGUGGCCUCGGACAAUGCCAUCGUGGAGCUCGGCGCGGAUAUUCACAAGUUAGCAGCUCUGAAGGUGCUAGACCUCUCAAACAACCAGCUGAGCGACAUCCCGUCCAGUCUGAGCGACUGCCCCAAGCUAAAGGAGAUCAACUUCAGAGGCAACAAGCUGAAUGACAAGCGCCUGGAGAAGAUGGUGAACGGCUGCCAGACAAAGUCCAUUCUCGACUACCUCCGAGGGAAAGGAAGGCAGGGAGAGGAGAGAGGUGAUGUGGAUAGGGGGAGGGGCGUGAAUGACAGGAAGGGAAAGCAAAAGAAGAAGAAGAAGAGAGAGGAAGAACAAGAUGAGCUGGAAGAAAUCAACAAGAUGGUGGUGAGGGUUCUCCAUGUUUCCGACACGCCUGAUGCGCUCACAGUAAGAGUGAGCGCGGAGGUGAAGGAUGUACGGCCUUACUUGGUGUGCUGUGUGGUCAGAGGCAUGAUCCUGAAACCUGGAAAUUCUCUCAAAAGGUUCCUGGUGGCGCAGACAAAACUUCAUGAUGACAUAUGUGGAAAGAGGACCAUCGCGACCAUCGCCACUCAUGAUGUCCAGCUUCUCAAAGCUCCACUGGCCUAUGAUGCCAAACCUCCCACGCAGCUCAAAAUUGUGCCGCUGGGUCGGAGGGAGGUGACAGCCGUCGAGCUGAUAAGGCAUCUUCAGCUGGAAGCUGACGAGCUGAGGAAGCAAAAGAAGAGGCAGAACGUCACUGGUCUUCACAAAUACCUGCAGCUUCUGCAAGGAAAAGCACUGUAUCCCUGUAUUGUGGAUGCAGAAGGCCACGUGAUCUCAUUCCCACCCAUCACAAACAGUGAGAAAACCAAGAUCAAGAAGACAACCAAAGAGUUGUUCUUGGAAGUGACGAGCGCAAAUAGUCUGCAGACCUGUAAAGAUGUUAUGGACGCUCUGAUUGCAAAAAUGGCAGAGUUGAAUAAGUUCACGGUCGAGCAUCAAGAUGAAGCAGGGUCUGACGAUGAAGGGGACGCACCACCAGGCCAGACAAGCAGCACGGAUGCCGCCAGUGAAUUAAUCAUCCAGCAGGUCCGAACUGUUGACCAGGAUGGGAACUUGAAGGUGGUCUACCCAUCCAAGACAGACCUCUCCAAAGACAUCCCCAACUUGACAGUCAUUUGGUAGUGCCGUAAUUAAGCUUUUCACGAGGGUUGAGCUCCUAAAAUGCAACAAACUGGACAACCCCCUCCCCAUUUUUUUAAUAAUCUGAAAUCACUCACACUUAACCCCAUUCGAGACUCAGACAUUUGCUGUAACUCAUUUUAAAGUUGAUUUAGCCAUGAAGAUAAACAAAGGCUGUUGUAAUUACAAUGCAAACUCAAUUGUUUCCAUCUUAAACUGAAUAGAUGGUGCACCAGAGCAAGAAUAAUGCAGCACCUGAUAUCUUUCCAAUGACACUCAAUUGCAUUUUUUUGUGGUCAUGGCAACCGAACAGUCACCUUGCCAUCCUACGUUUGCAGCUUUUGAGUAAAAUUCAAUAAGAACACACUGCAAAUAUGAAUAAAGAUUGUGUCAAGUAGAAAUACCAAAGGCCGCAAAGUUAACCGCGAUAGGUUACUAUAUUUCACACGAUUAAAAGAUUGUCAUAUGAACAUGCAUUUUAACAUUGCCAACCCAUACAGUUUUCAAAGUAAAGAUGCCCAGUAUAAUAGUGAGCAACUGGAAUUAAACUCCCUUCAAUGAAAAUAAAGUUGAAUGUAUUGUUAAA